AUGACAAGUGAGAGAAAAGAGUUAGUGGUAGCAGAAGUGAAGAGGCAACUAUGGUUAGCACUUCCUCUCACCUCAGUUGGUAUCCUACAAUAUGUCCUACAAACCAUUUCUAUCAUGUUUGUUGGACAUCUUGGUACUCUACCUCUUUCAGGUGCGUCCAUGGCCACUUCCUUCGCAGCUGUUACCGGCUUCACCUUACUGAUGGGAAUUGCGAGUGCAUUGGAUACAUUUUGUGGUCAAUCAAAUGGAGCAGGACAGUACCACAUGCUUGGAAUACACAUGCAAAGAUCAAUGCUUGUUGUUUCAAUUGUCAGUGUAUUCCUUUCAAUCAUAUGGGCUAAUACAGAAUCAAUUCUAGUAGCUAUACAUCAAGACAAAGCCAUUUCCAAAGAAGCUGGUUCUUAUGCAUUUUUCAUGAUCCCAAGUUUGUUUGCAUAUGGUCUUCUUCAGUGCAUUCUCAAGUUCUUGCAAACACAAAACAUUGUUCUACCAAUGGUGCUAACUUCUGCAAUUGCAGCUUUGCUUCAUACUCUUCUAUGUUGGGUUUUUGUUUUUGAACUAAAACUUGGAAGUAAAGGAGCAGCUAUAUCUCUUUCUAUAUGUUAUUGGGUCAAUGUGCUGUUGAUUUCACUCUAUGUCAAAUUCUCUUCUUCUUGUAAACAAACAUGGACAGGCUUUUCAAAGAAAGCCCUUCGGGAUCUCUCCGAGUUCCUUAAACUCGCUGUUCCUUCAGCUUUCAUGCUCUGUUUGAAAGUGUGGACAUUUGAAUUGAUGGUUCUCAUGUCUGGUCUUCUUCCAAAUCCAGUAUUAGAAACUUCAGUGCUCUCAAUAUGCCUUAAUACAUUUGGUCUAGCUUGGAUGAUCCCUUUUGGAUGCAGUGCUGCAGUAAGUAUACGAGUAUCGAAUGAACUGGGCGGCGGAAAUCCGAGAGGUGCGAGUCUAUCGGUUCGUGUGGGGCUAUCUACCGCCUUCAUUGAAGGGUUGUUUAUGGUUCUAAGCAUGAUUCUAGCAAGAAAUGUGUGGGGACAAGUAUAUAGUAAUGACAAACAAGUUAUCAGAUAUGUGUCAGCCAUGAUGCCAAUUUUGGCUAUUUCCAGUUUUCUUGAUGCCAUCCAAAGCGCACUUUCAGGUGUUCUUGCAGGAUGCGGAUGGCAGAAGAUCGGUGCCUAUGUGAAUCUUGGAUCAUUUUAUGCAAUAGGUGUACCAUGUGCAGUUACAUUAGCCUUUUUUCUACACAUGCAUGCGACGGGACUGUGGUUGGGGAUCAUUUCAGCAUUUACUGUCCAAACCUUACUUUACAGUAUUUUUACGAUUCGUUCGAACUGGGAAGAAGAAGCAAGGAAAGCUCAAAGCAGAGUUGAUCGCUCGAUCAUGUUGCCAAAUACUACUCUCAGAGACAGCAUCUCACCAUCUCAAAAAACUUGA